CUUCUUCCUUUAUACUAACUUUACCGAUUCCAUUUAGGGUUCUUAUCUCUCUCUCUCUUCAUGAAUUCCUCACAAAUGUCUUGAAUUAUAAUUCCAAGUUUAAAGGCAGACGGCGAUACACAAAGAGAGAGAGAAAUGAUGAGUGGACCGGCGGUGCACCCAGUGGAGGCUCCGCCGAUGACUAUGGCGGCACCGAUGGUGAGGAUGAAGGACUUUCAAGGCAUGCCUGGUACUCUUGGAAGCCUCUUUCUACGAUUGUGUCAGUUUGUGUUUGCUGUUAUCUCUAUAUGUGUCAUGGUUACCACCUCUGAUUUCCCUUCCGUCACCGCCUUCAGCUACCUUGUAGCUGCUGUUGGAUUACAGAUCAUAUGGAGCCUCGUACUUGCUAUUGCCGAUGUAUAUGCAAUUUUGGUGAAAAGAAGUUAUAGAAAUGUAGCAAUUGUCAGUCUAUUUGCCAUUGGUGAUGGGAUCACUUCUACUCUUACAUUUGCUGCUGCCUGUGCUUCAGCUGGAAUAACAGUUCUUAUUAGCAAUGAUCUUGAGAAAUGCAAAGUGAACCACUGCGCGAGAUUUAUGUCAGCUACAGCGAUGGCAUUUUUAAGCUGGUUUGCUGCAUCACCUUCCUUUUUCUUGAAUUUUUGGUCUCUGGCUUCGCGCUAGCUGCAGUUCUGGUCGACUGCAAAAGGACCUUUACUCUACUGCUGUAGUAGUGUUCUCUUUUUUCAGUCAGGCCGGCCACCUUAACUGUUCUUAUAUGUAAAAAUCAGCACAUUUCAGUCGUUAUUGACAAAGUUGUAUAAGAAUUAAGAACUAUUUCGAAA